AUGUUGAGCGGCAUCUUUUCUCGUCUCAGAGAGUCUCAGCACGGAGGAAAGUCUCAGCACGGAGGAAAGUCUCAGCACAGAGGAGAGUCUCAGCACAGAGGAGAGUCUCAGCACAGAGGAGAGUCUCAGCACGGAGGAGAGUCUCAGCACAGAGGAGAGUCUCAGCACAGAGGAGAGUCUCAGCACAGAGGAGAGUCUCAGCACAGAGGAGAGUCUCAGCACAGAGGAAAGUCUCAGCACAGAGGAGAGUCUCAGCACGGAGGAAAGUCUCAGCACGGAGGAGAGUCUCAGCACGGAGGAAAGUCUCAGCACGGAGGAAAGUCUCAGCACGGAGGAAAGUCUCAGCACGGAGGAAAGUCUCAGCACAGUCUCAGCACGGAGGAAAGUCUCAGCAGUCUCAGCACAGAGGAAAGUCUCAGCACGGAGGAGAGUCUCAGCACAGAGGAAAGUCUCAGCACGGAGGAGAGUCUCAGCACGGAGGAGAGUCUCAGCACGGAGGAGAGUCUCAGCACGGAGGAGAGUCUCAGCACGGAGGAAAGUCUCAGCACGGAGGAAAGUCUCAGCACGGAGGAAAGUCUCAGCACAGAGGAAAGUCUCAGCACGGAGGAGAGUCUCAGCACGGAGGAGAGUCUCAGCACGGAGGAAAGUCUCAGCACGGAGGAAAGUCUCAGGAGGAAAGUCUCAGCACAGAGGAAAGUCUCAGCACGGAGGAAAGUCUCAGCACGGAGGAGAGUCUCAGCACGGAGGAGAGUCUCAGCACGGAGGAAAGUCUCAGCACGGAGGAAAGUCUCAGCACGGAGGAGAGUCUCAGCACGGAGGAGAGUCUCAGCACGGAGGAGAGUCUCAGCACGGAGGAGAGUCUCAGCACAGAGGAGAGUCUCAGCACAGAGGAGAGUCUCAGCACAGAGGAAAGUCUCAGCACGGAGGAAAGUAACUAGCAAGACACUUGGGGAAGCUGGACCAGCCCCAAACUCUAAGAGCUUCACCGUCACUCAUCUUAAGAUUCCUUGUUAUGGAGAGGCAGCGCUGAACGACGCGACGACGACUCCGCCGCCUCCUGCUAAUGAUGCUGCUGCUGCUGUUAGUGCUACUGCUGAUGCUGCUAUUACUUCUGCUGUUCCUAAUGCUGCUGCUGCUACUGCCGUUACUGCUGCUGCUACUAAUGCAGGAAUGUUGCAUCCGUUCAAGUUCCAGUAUGUAUCCGUCGAGCACCGUUACUAA